AUGUCCCUGCCACGUCACCUCCUCGCUCUUCCUCUCUCCCUUCCCCACCAUCCUUCUCGCAGUUUCAGUGUGCUCUUCCAUGUGCCCUGCCCCGCGUGCCACCUGCAGGGGCAGGAGAAGCUGCGGGAGGUGGGGUUGGAGUCGCAGUGUGCUCUAUCUCUCCCUCCUCCACGCCGCGUUUCUCCCCCUCUCGCCCUCCGCCUGUCUGCGCCUCUCCCCCGUGCGCAGGUGCAGGAGAAGCUGCGGGAGGUGGGGUUGGAGUCGAGCAACCUCAUAGUGGCCGUUGACUUCACCAAGAGCAACGAGUGGACCGGCAAGCAGAGCUUCAAUGGGCACUCACUGCACGCAAUAGCACCAGGUGCAUCAAACCCGUACGAGCAGGCCAUUGACAUCAUUGGCCAGACGCUCUCCGCCUUCGAUGAGGACAACCUCAUCCCCUGCUACGGCUUCGGCGAUGUCUCAACGCAUGACAAGGCAGUGUUCGCCUUCAACGAGGGGCAGCGGCCGUGCAACGGCUUUGAGGAGGCGCUGCAGCGAUACCGUGCCAUCGCCCCCCUCGUGCAGCUCUCAGGCCCCACUUCGUUUGCGCCGGCAAUAGAGGCGGCGGUGAGGGCGGUGGAGGAGAGUGGCGGCCAGUACCACGUGCUGCUCAUCAUUGCUGAUGGCCAGGUCACUCGCAGCGUUGACACGCCACCAGGAGUGUUCAGCAGGCAGGAGCAGGCCACUGUUGACGCCAUCGUUGCUGCCAGCAACUACGCGCUGUCAAUAGUGAUGGUGGGGGUGGGGGACGGCCCGUGGGACACGAUGGAGGAGUUUGACGAUGCUCUGCCGCAGCGCAACUUCGAUAACUUCCAGUUUGUCAAGUUCACGAGGGUCAUGGCAUCAUCGCGUGCACCAGAGCAGCGGGCGGCACUCUUUGCCCUCUCUGCGCUCAUGGAGGUGCCUCAUCAGUACCGCGCCUGCACCGAGCUGGGGCUGCUGGGUCGCCCCAUGGGUCGCAUGCCACCAUCAGCCCCCAAGGAGCCCCCUCCACGCGUGCGAGCAGCAGAUGCUGCAGCAGCCCAAGCUGCAUCCCUCGCUGCUGCCAACAUGCCCCCGCACCUCAACCCGAAUAAUCUCAACCCAUCUGACUUCAACCCCGGCACCACUCCUAACCCCUUCGGAAACUUCAUGGACGCCCCUGCUGCUUAUGGCUAUGGCGCUGGCAGCUCUGCCACACCCACAGGCGCUGCUGCUGCUGCUGACUCUGCGUCGGGCUCUGGUGGUGCGUCAGCAGCGGGAGGGGGGACGGAGUGCCCGGUGUGCCUCAUGUACCCCAAGAACACUGCCUUCCAGUGCGGCCAUCAGGUGAGGCCUGCACCAGUGUGCCUCAUGUACCCCAAGAACUCUGCCUUCCAAUGCGGCCACCAGGUGAGGAGUGCGCAGCAGGUGAGGAAUGCGCAGCAGGUGAGGAGUGUGCAGCAGGUGAGGAGUGUGCAGCAGGUGAGGAGUGUGCAGCAGGUGACACCUACAUCAGUGCGGCCACUAGGUGAGGACCACACACUCUUCACUGCACCAGGUAAGGCCUUCCCCAAUUGA